CGGUGACCGCCUGAGGGAGGCACGUGUCCGCUAUAAAAGCGGAAGGCGGGUCCGUGGAGCGCGCACACAGACUCAGGACGCAUCUGCAGAAAGGUAACAGGUGUGAACCUCCAGAGCAGCAGCAGAAAUGCCAGACCUUCAGGUUGGAAUCAACGGCUUCGGUCGCAUUGGCCGCCUGGUUCUGAGGGCGUGUCUUCAGAAGGGCAUCAAGGUGGUGGCAAUCAACGACCCCUUCAUCGACCUGCCCUACAUGGUCUACAUGUUCAAGUAUGACUCCACCCACGGCCGCUACAAAGGCGAGGUCCAUCACGACGGAAAUAAACUCAUCAUUGACGGCAACUCCAUCUCCGUCUUUCAGUGUAUGAAACCAGCUGAAAUCCCCUGGGGCGACAGUGGAGCCAAGUACGUGGUUGAGUCCACCGGCGUCUUCCUCAGCCUGGAGAAGGCCAAUGCUCACCUUGAGGGCGGAGCUCAGCGUGUGGUCGUAUCCGCCCCCUCACCUGAUGCACCGAUGUUUGUCAUGGGAGUCAACGAGGAGAAGUAUGACCCAUCCUCCAUGAGAAUCGUCAGUAACGCCUCCUGCACCACCAACUGCCUGGCACCACUGGCCAAAGUCAUCCACGAUAGCUUUGGCAUCGAGGAGGCUCUGAUGACUACAGUCCACGCCUACACUGCCACUCAGAAGACGGUGGAUGGCCCCAGUGCGAAGGCCUGGCGUGAUGGCCGCUGCGCUGCCCAGAACAUCAUCCCCGCCUCUACCGGCGCUGCCAAGGCAGUUGGAAAGGUCAUCCCCGACCUCAACGGGAAGCUGACAGGCAUGGCGUUCCGUGUGCCUGUGGCCGACGUGUCGGUGGUGGACCUGACGUGCCGUCUGUCCAAACCUGCGUCUUACAGCGAGAUCAAGGAGGCGGUGAAGAAGGCGGCGCACGGACCGCUGCAAGGCGUUCUGGGAUACACCGAGGACCAGGUGGUGUCCUCUGACUUCAUCGGUGACACACAUUCCUCCAUCUUUGACGCCGGUGCUGGCAUCUCCCUCAACGAUAACUUUGUGAAGCUCAUUUCCUGGUAUGACAAUGAGUUCGGCUACAGCCACCGCGUGGCCGACCUGAUGCUUUACAUGUACGCCCAGGAGUAGAAGGCAGGAAGGGACCGUCCCCAUCAUUCCACACAGAACACCCGCCCUCCCCUUAGCAUCGCAGUCAUAGCUCUACCGUUGGUAGCAGCAGUGUUGGAGUGUCCUGAGUUAAUCUGUCCUUUCCUUUAUCAAUGAGACGGUCAGUGACAGUAUUUGUGUCUGUGUGCCCCCUCUCACCCCCUCACCCCCCCACUGCCACUGUAGAUGUGUCGUUAUGGCUAGUCCAUUGGUAACUACUGUAUCCAUGUUCCUGUUGGUGUGUUCAAAGGCUUAUGACCAGUGGGAGGAGGAGCUACUGAAACUCUGCCUACAAGAAACAAAAUUAAAAUAAAAGAUGAAAACCUCCA